AUGAAUUCAAAGUCUAUCAUUAGCUGGUUCAAGGAACAUCUUCCUACUUUUGAUGUUGACGUAGACAAACACUUUCGAACCCUAAGAGUACGCAAAUAUUCUCAGAUAUGUCUUUUGAUUUCUUUUGUUAUAAUAUGUGUUAUUAUACCCUUAAUGAAUUGCUUGGUAUUAACGGACAAAUUCUUCAAAAUUUGUCACCAUUUAAAACAUCACGUUUUCAAUAGAAGAUCAUGGAUUCACAAGACACAUAUCUAUCAUAACCAAUCGCUACAAUUAUGCUCAUUGUGCUUUCUUUUCACAUCAAUUUUUGUUUUUCAAGGCGCUAACAGAGACCUCUUGGAAAUUACUAAACGUAUGGGGAGAAUUUCUGUUGCUUUGAUGCCGCCUUUAUUAUUUUUAACAUUGAGGCCAUCACCAUUACCGCACACUUUGUACUUGGCAUUAUUGCCCGUUCAUAAGUGGAUAUCCAGAAUUGUUGUACUUGAAUCGGUCCUACACACAUGGUUUUAUCUCUAUUAUAUGUACAUUAAUGGCAUGUUGUAUGUGAAAAUGAGAAAAUUACCCAAUAUUUAUGGGGUAAUAGCUCUUGGCCUCUUCCUGCUCAUCGCCAUUACCUCCAUAAGGUAUGCGAGACGAUGGAGCUACAGAGUAUUUUAUUAUGUUCAUUAUGUGAGUACGUGGCUUAUUGUUUUGUUUCUACAUUACCAUGCCCGUCCAGGUAUCUCAUACUAUACUACUUUAAAUGUGCUCAUUUUAACCGGACAAAUAAUCUAUAGACUCCACAUCACCAAUAUUACGAGAGCUACAAUUGUACCAAUAUCUUCAUCACUAUCCCUUUUGGAGUUCUCGUUGGCUGAUUUACCCAAGACUCCCAUUCUACCAGGAGGACAUCUAAGAAUCAAUAUAUACCAUAGAAACUUUCUCAGGAGGUGGAUCUCCCAUUUGAUACCCUUCCAACACCCUUUUACCAUUGCUAGUAUUCCAAGUGAUACUAUAGUGAGACUAAUUAUUAGGAACGGGCACUUCCCUUUGCGUACUGAUGAAAAUUAUUACGUAACAGGAGCUUUUGAACCUGAGUUAAGUUUCAUCUUUAAACCUAGUUCCCCCUUUGACAUCAGCACGAGAUCUUCUAAGAAUCCAUUCCGGAACAAUUCUUCUGCAUUAAUAAGUUCGCCUUUAAACUUUAUUAUCAAAGCGCAAAGAGUUUUUAUGUGUGUAGGAGGUUCAGGUAUAUCUUUUGGAUUACCAUUACUUCGUAUCCUGAAUUUCAAUGGUGUAAACGUUAGGCUGCUUUGGGUUUCCAGGGAUUAUAAAGAUCUGGAAGUAUUGAAUCAUUUCAGGAAUAAUUUUGAAGGUAUGGAGAUAUACAUCAGUGGUACUGAAGGCAACGAACAGGACAUUGAGAUUGACUAUAUUGACUACCAUGAUCCCUCUAUAGAUAUUGAUAAUGAAGGUAUUUCCCUGAGCGAACAUGUUUCAGAGUUGGGGGAUAAUUCCAUGUUAUCAGAAGAUACUGCCCAACGUCCUGACGAAAACACGGCCCUCUUGAGUAAGAAGUCAACUUUAAGAACCCACCAAUCGACCAAAACCAACGAUAUACCCGACAUUAAUGCCGAUGAUGAAAUAGAUUUUACAUAUGCCUUUAGUAGAUCAAAAUCAAGGAAAAACACUGCACAUGGGACCUUAACCACACAUUCGUCUUUUAAUGGUUCGAACGUUUUCAGACAACCAAAGACCAUUGAACCACCUGCCCAAGAUCCUUGUUUAGCAACACCACCAAAAAAAAUUAGAAUUCCAGCGGGUGUCAAAGUGUUCUUUGGCAGACCUACGCUGGGCGAUAAGGACUAUGAGUGGUGUCUGCAAACAGAAUGUGAUGCGGAAACUGAUUCUAUUCAAUGUUGUAGGUGGGCGAACCAAGGUAGAGACCACGCCGAAUAUCUUUCGCAAGUUUGGGUUCUCGCUGCCGGUCCCAGAGGUUUAAUAGAAAGUACGAGAAGAUGGGCAACGGAUGGUGGAUUGCACUUUCACGGAGAAAGCUUUGCAUUAUAA